AUGGCGGCCGCGCUGGACGCCUGCCAGAGGGCGCUGUCAGACUUCCUGGAGGAGAAGCGGAACGCCUUCCCCAGGCGCGCGGGGCCUUCAGGGCGGCUCUCAGGGCUGCUGCCCAGGCUUUGCGAUCCCAUUUGGUUUUACUUCCUGGGAGACGACGACCUCCUGGAGGUCCUGGGGCAGGCCACUUCGCCAUCAGUCAUCCAGGCCCACCUGCGCAAGCUCUUUUCGGGCAUCCAUCGGGUCAAGUUUGCCCCCGAGGGCGGCGCCAUCACGGGCAUGAUCAGCGGAGAGGGCGAGGCUGUGGACCUUGCGGCCCGGGUGGCGGUGGGCGACAGGGUGGAGAGCUGGCUGGCGGGGUUGGCAGAGGUCAUGCGUCGCACGCUGCAGCAGAGUCUUGCAACUGCAGCGGCCGGCUCCCUGGGCGCGUCCAUGUUCCAGUCCGCACCGGCGCAGGUUCUCGGACUGCUGCAUGCAGUCGACUUCACAACCAGGGCCGAGGCCGCCAUUGCUGUCGGCUCCAUCGGCCACCUUGCCUCGGACCUGCGCUCCCAGCUGGCCCAGCUGGCGCGCGCCGACUACACGGGGCACGCGUUGCUGCAGGCUAAAAAGCAGGAAAGGCGGGCGCACAAGAUUGGAUGCGCCAUGAUUGUGGACCUCAUGCACGCCUGUGACGUCACCGAGUCGCUGGCGGCCGACCCACCGACAGCCGCCACGGACUGGCAGUGGAGCAAGCAGCUGCGGUACUACCAAGAUGCCGCACCCACGACGACCCAAAACAAGGCGAGCCCCGCACCUGACCGCUUACGCCGCCUUCCAGCGUCGUGUGGCCCGCAGCAGGCCGCGGCCGCCGGCGUGUCCGUGCGCAUGGCCGAGGCGUCCUUCCCCUACAGCUGGGAGUACCAGGGGGCGGCGCCGCGGCUGGCGCUCGCGCUCGGAUACGGCGGCAACCCCUACGGCCCCGCCGGCACCGGCAAGACAGAGUCUGUCAAAGCCCUAGGAGCCGCGCUGGGGCGGCAGGUUCUGGUGUUCAACUGUGAUGAGGAGUUCGACAUGAGGAGCAUGGGCCGCAUCUUCACGGGCCUCGUGCUGUGCGGCGCCUGGGGCUGCUUUGACGAGUUCAACCGGCUGGGGGAGGACGUGCUGUCGGCGGUUAGCCAACAGAUCCAGGCAAUACAGGCGGUCGCGCUGUUCGCGUUGGCCCGGGAGGGCUGCACCGCCCAGAGGCACUACGACUGGGGGCUGAGGGCGCUCAAGACGUCGCUGGGAGCCGCCGGGAAGCUGCUGCGCGAGCUGCGCAAGCAGCGCGACCAGGAGGUCCCACUAGAUGUGGAGGCGGAGGUGGCGGUGCGCGCGGUGCUGGCCACCAAGCUGCCCACCCUAACUUAUGACGACAACGCGCGGUUCCGUGCGCUGCUGGCUGACCUAUUCCCUGGCGUUCCUGUCACCGACGCCACGAAUCCGGAGCUCGAAGCGGCGCUCAGGGAGGCGGCCGCAGAGGAGGGCCUCCAGAUCACCCCCCAGCAGGUCACCAAAGCGCUGCAGUUGCAGCUGGCAUGCGACCAGCGUAUCGGGGUGAUCCUGGUGGGCCCCAGCGGCGCAGGCAAGACGACGCUCUGGCGGCUGCUGGAGGGGGCGCAGACCAAGCUGGGGCACAGACCCAUUGUGGCCAAGGAGCCCCCUGAGCAGCGCAGCUGGGUGGUGUGCGACGGCGACGUGGACCCUGAAUGGAUAGAGUCCCUCAAUAGCGUCCUGGACGACAACAGGCUCCUGACGCUGCCCAAUGGAGAGCGCAUCCAAUUUGGCUCAAACGUCAAUUUCGUUUUCGAGUGUCACAGCUUGGCGUUUGCAUCACCUGCCACAGUGUCAAGGUGUGGCAUGAUAUACUUGAGCGAGGAGGCCGUGGGCUGGAGGGAGCAGCUGCGGCGCUGGAUGGCCUGUCACCCUGGGGCAGAUCCCACAGGCGAGGGGGACCUUGCUGCAGCAGCCAGCUGCGGCGGCGGCAGCGGCGACGGCGGCGUCCGCUCCAAGGGCGAGGCGGCAGCGGCGCUGGCGCGGGGGCUUGGGGCGCAUAUGGCGCCGGCGACGCGCAGGGAGUUUGCUACUGAGCUCGCCAGGUGGAGCGGAGAGGCGAGCGGCCCGUUGCUGGACGUGGCACCCUCAGAAGACCCCCUAGACACCUUGGAUGCGGAUGAUCUGUCCUCCACAGCCCUGCAGCGCCUGCAGCAGCUGCCUUCCAUGCUAGAUCAGGGGCCCGAAGGGGCCGCGCCGGGCAGCGGCGCCGUGUACGCGGGCGGCGGCCUGGUGAUGACCGACAGCGCGCGGCAGCUGCUGGCGCUGGUGGCGCCGUGGCUCAGGGACUCCGAGCCCUUUCUCCUGGUCGGCCCGGAGGGUUGCGGCAAGGCGACGGCGCUGCGACACUGCUUCGCGCGCCUACGGCGCCGCGGGGGCGUAGCGGUGGCAGAGGUACACUGCAGCGCGGCCACGGGGGCUGCGCAGGUCAUCGACAAGCUCGUGCAGGUUUGCGGCAAACCCGUGACGACCGCCACGGGGCGCGUGCUGCGGGCCGAGACCGGGCGGGUCAUCCUCCUGCUGAAGGACAUCAACUUGCCUAGGCCGGACAAGUAUGACACCAUGCAGCUGGCAGAGCUGCUGCAGCAGCUGCUGGCGCACGGAGGUUACUAUGAUGAGGGCCUCGAGUUUGUGCGCCUUGAGAGGGUGCAGGUUGUGGGCAUGCUGGUGCCCGGCAGCGCCGGCCGUGCCCCGCUGAGCGCCCGCCUGCUGUCCCGGCUGCGGCUGGCGGCGACAUUUGAUGGUGGUGACGCCAGCGGCGGCGUCGCGAGCGCCGCCCAGCGCAAGGCGCGCGCGGCCGUCGCCGCGCAGGCGCCCGCAGUGGCCGCCGCCAUGGCGUCGCUCUACAGCCAACUCCUGGACAGCUGCGAUUCUGGAGCCGGGGAAGGCGGGGAGGCGGCACACGGGGUGUGGCAGAUCACCCCAAGGGACCUGUCAAUUCUCAUUAGAGGCCUGGCAAGGUAUGACUUUUCGGAGACGCCUCUCCCCCAAGCCCUUGCACAUGAGGCCCGCCGCGUCUUCGGCGACCGCCUGCGCGGCGCGCCGGCCGCGACCGCCGCCUUCGAGCGCGCUUUCCUGGCGGCGCUCGAGCGGUCGGGGCUGAAGGGCGUCGCGGGGGCGGCCGGGGGCGCGGGGGCCAAGGAAUACUACACCACCCUCGGCACGCCGGCCGAGGAGCGGCUCAGGGCGGCAGCAGCUGGGUCGGCCCUCCCCCUGGCGCGCCUGCCUGCCGGCGCCUUCACGGACGUCGUGCGCGGCGCCCUCAAGUCCUUUGAGCGGGAGGUCAAGGAGCUUGGGCUGCUGCUGGGGCCGGAGGCCCUGGAGCGCAUCAGUGCCCUUGACCGCGCCCUGUCAGACCCGCCCCGUGGCGCCGCGCCCGGCGGCGUCGUGAUCUGCGGCGCGGGCGGCAGCGGGCGGCGCGGCCUGGCGCGGCUGGUCGCGCACGCGCACGGGCUGGAGCUGUGGACGCCGCGGAUGGGGCGGGGCUACACGCCCCGCAGCUUCAGGGCGGACCUGCGGGAGCUGCUGAGAAGCUGCGGCGGCCCCGAGGGGCGGCGGCGGCUGAUGCUGCUGGAAGACCAUCAGCUUGGGGAUGCGGGCAUCCUUGAGCUGGUGAACAGCUUGCUGGCCGGUGGCGAGGUGCCGGGCCUCUGGUCAAACGACGAGUUGACCAAGGAGGUCGCGCCCCUGGAGUCCGCCCGCGACGCGGAUGCCAAUUGGCGUGGCCCGCCGGGCGCGGCGGGGCUGUACGCCUAUUUCCUACACAGGAUCAAGCUGAACCUGCGCAUCGUCGUUUGCCUGGACACCGGCCGCCCUGAGCUGCUGGCAUCGCGCCUGGCCGCAAACCCCGCGCUGCAGAGCUGCUGCGUGGGCAUGGCGUGGCCCGGCUGGGGGGACGACACCCUGACGGCAAUGGCCAAGGCGCGGCUCGAGGCGUUCCUGACCGUUCAAGGCGCCCAGGCCGAAGACGACGGUGCCGCAGCCAUUCGAGACGCCGCCGCAACGAAGGCUGUCGCCCUCCACUCGAGCGCCGCGCGCCGCCUCGGCGCCGCACCGCGCCACUUCCCUGCGCUGCUGGCGCAGUACGCCACGAUAUUCACUGGAAAACGGAAGCAGCUCACCGAGCAGCAGGCGUUUCUGCAGGGUGGCCUGUCCAAGCUCUCCGAGGCGGCGUCCAAGGUUGACGACCUGGGCCGCCAGGCGCAGUCGCAGAGGGCCCUGCUCACGACCAAGCAGCAGGAGGCGGACUCUGCGCUCUCACACAUCCAGGCAAGUGCGGCCAGCAAGGCGGGCGUCCUCUCAGUCAAGUCCUCCAUGGAGACGGCCGCAGAGCGGCGCCGCGAGGUGGAGGUGCUGCGGCGCCAGCUGGCACAAGAUGAGGGCGCGCUGCAGGACCGGAGGGGUCGUGUUGAAACCGAGCUGGCAGACGUGCAGCCACUCCUUGAUGCAGCGCGCGCCGCGGUGGGCGGCAUCAAAUCUGAGCACCUGUCGGAGAUCCGCUCCCUGCGCAUGGCACCAGAUGCAAUAAGGGAUGUCCUGGAGGGCGUGCUGCUGCUGAUGGGCCAGGAGGACACGAGCUGGGCGGCGAUGCGGUCGUUCCUGGGGCGCAGGAGUGUGAAAGAGGACAUCAUCAACUACGACGCGAGACGGAUAUCUCCCGCCAUGCGGUCCAAGGUUGACAAGCUCCUCAAGGCCAAGGGCCAGUCGUUUGAGAGAGAGGUCAUCUACCGCGCCAGCCAGGCCGCCGGCCCCAUGGCCGGGUGGGUCAAGGCCAACAUUGCGUACGCAGCAGUCAUGGACAAAGUGGCACCCCUGCAGGCUGAGCUUGACGCCGUGAUGGCUGGCCUAGCUGAUAGCACCGCGCGGCUGGGGCAGUGCGAAGGGGAGCUAGGGCAGCUCGAUGAUCAGGUCGCACGCCUCAAAGUGGAUUUCCAGCUUCGAGUGCGCGAGGCUGAGACGCUCAGGCUCCAGCUCUCAAAGGCGGAGGAGACACUCUCAGCUGCUUCGGGCCUGCUGGAUAAGCUGUCUGGGGAGCGCGGCCGCUGGGCCUCCCAGCUGUCGUCGCUGGCGUCCGGCCUGGCUGCGCUGCCGCUCGAGGCGCUGCUGGCGGCCGCGGGCGUGGUGCACCUCAGCGGCCAACCGGAGGAUGUCCGUGCGGCCGUGUCGGCCGAGUGGGCAAGGCUGCUGGGGCUCCAACCCGGCUUCAGCACGACCAAGUUCCUGCAUUCAGAGGCCGAGGGCCUUGCCUGGCAGUCCAGGGGGCUCCCAGGCGAUGAGCUGUCGCUGCACAACGGCGCAGCCAUUCUUGCUGCCGUUGGGGCGCCGCUGAUCGUGGACCCGUCCUGCAGGGCCGUCGAGUGGCUCAGGGCGCAGCUGGCGGCCGGCGGCGCCGCCCCAGAGGUGGUGCAGCUGCAGGACCCACGGUUCGCCACCACCCUCGAGCUGGCGGUCAGAUUCGGCAAGGCCCUCAUUGUGACCGAAUUUGAUGGGCUUGAGCCGCUGCUGUACCCGCUGCUGAGGCGCGACCUGUCACGCUCGGGGCCCCGGGCGGUCGUGGCCAUAGGCGACAAGCUCGUGGAUUGGAACGACUCAUUCCGCCUGUUCCUCGUCAGCCGCAGCCCUGCCGCGCUGGCCGAGCUGCCGCCAGACGCGGCGCCGCUGGUGACCGUCGCGAACUUCACGGUCACGCGCGGCGGCCUGGAGGGCCAGCUGCUAGGCAUGGUGUUGAAAAGCGAGCGGCCCGAGCUGGAGGCGCAAAAGGCUGCGCUGACAGGGCAGGAGGCGUCCUUGAAAGUGGAGCUGGCAGCCCUCGAGAAGCAGCUGCUGCAGGCCCUUGCCUCCAGCAGCGGCAACAUCCUGGAGGACUCUGCCCUGCUGACGUCACUUGGAGAGGCCAAGGCCAAGGCCUCCAACGCGGCCGCCGCGCUGGCCGAGGGGGAGCGCCUGUCGGCGGCGCUUGACAGCCAGCGUGAUGUGUACCGUCCCCUGGCGUCCCGCGGCGCCUCGCUGUACUUCGCCCUCUGCGAUAUGCCGGACAUCGACCCGAUGUACCGCUUCGGACUGGGAAGCUUCAUGCGGCUGUUUGGGGAGGCGCUGGCGGGCGCUGAUGUGGCGACAGGUCGGGUUCACCCACUGACCCAGCGGGCGCUCGCGCUCGUGGCUUUGAUCAGGGCUGGCGUGCUGUAA